AUGGUUUACUACUUGUCACUCGUUCAUCUUGGUGCAUUGGAAGGUCUACGUCGUUUUUUCUUUUGUAAAUGGGAAACAUUUCUACUCUUUUUCAUCAUUUACUACUUUACGGGUCUGGGUAUUACCAUGGGUGCACAUCGUCUAUGGGCACAUCGUAGCUAUAAAGCACAUGGCAUUGUACGAUUCUUUCUCAUGCUAUGUAAUGGCAUGGCUAAUCAAGGCACGAUCUUUCAUUGGAGCCGUGAUCAUCGUGUACACCACAAAUACUCGGAUACAGUCGCUGACCCGCAUAACUCUGGUCGUGGCUUUUUCUUUGCACACAUGGGUUGGUUGUUGGUCAAGAAGGAUCGACGUGUGCAUGAAGCUGGCACGAAACUCAAUUACGACGACCUCUGGGCUGACUGGACCGUUGUCAUGCAAGAAAAGCUCAAUCCAUGGGGAAACCUUUUCAUGUGUUUUGUUUUCCCUACGAUCCUUGGUGUACAGGUCGUUGGAGAAGACUGGAAGAACGCACUCUUUGUCCUUGGUUUCCUCCGAUACGUGUUGGUGCUGCACGCAACGUGGCUUGUCAACAGUGCUGCUCAUUUUUUUGGAUACCAUCCUUAUGAGGACACGCCACCGUGUGAAAAUUGGUUUGUCUCGAUCUGGUCCAUCGGUGAAGGCUGGCACAACUGGCACCACAAGUUUCCAUAUGACUACGCCACAAGUGAAUAUGGAGUGACAUCGCAAUUCAAUCCCACCAAGCUCGCGAUCGACUUGAUGGCACUGCUUGGUCUUGUCUCGGACCGCAAGCGUGCGACUGACAUUUGGGGGAAGAUCAAGGAAUCCAAGGAAAAGGGAGCCAAGUUUCAAGACCCGAACGGUGACGACCCGUCCCAAGCGUUCUCAGAACUCAAGGCCAAGGCCAACUAA